UAGGGUUGGGUCGUCCCAAUGAUCCCAGAUUGCAAUGACUAUUUCACGAUAGCUAGUAGGGCCUGUCAAGGUGUGAAUUGUUUACGCAGGUGAAGUUGGAUUGACAGUUCUCGAUCAAACAAAGACACGGACAGAAGUAGCUUCUAAAGUCUGUUCGGGCUAUGACACAUUGCUGAAGAGAUAAUGGAGCCAACAGACCAUGCCACAGAAGCCGACCCCCUGAAGAGGGAGGAGGAUGGGGUUGAGGGCGGUGGAACGGCACCACCAGCGCAGACCAAGAAGAAGAGUUUGGGUCUGGCCAAGUUGUCCCACUGGAGGACGGCUGCCUUCUUCCUCUCCCUCUUCCUCUGCCUCAUCAUCGUCUUCGCCUUCUCUUUCAUCAUCCCCUGUCCCGUCCGUCCGCAAUACCUCACCUUCUGGAACCGCACCUUCCCCCAAGCAGCCACCUAUGAUUUCCUGGCCAUUGAGGAUGCAAGCAAAGACAAAGUGAUGGACGUGUUGUUUGUCCUGAAGGCCCAGGAGGGCAGUCAGAACAUUAGUUGUUUUGCUGAAGGUCUGGACACACCUUGUGUGUUUGUGUCGGCGGUAGCAGGGACCAACGGGGAGACUCUGUGGGAGCGGCCCUUGGCCCCUGAGUUCCACUGGGCCAAUUAUGGUCUGGACGGGCUGAGAGAGAUGGACAGAGGCUGCCUUCUGUCCCAUUCCAACCAGCUCACUGCUAUCGACAAAUACACUAGAGUGGUGACGUGGGCGCGGCUCCAGCCUCCCAACCUGAGGAGUACCUUACCUGUCCUCAGUGUCUCAGACCUGGAUGGGGACGGGGUAAGCGACGUGGCUCUGGUGGCGCCCAGCCCAACGCAGACACAGCUGGUGAUCCUCUCGGGGAAGACCGGUGUCCAGAUUGGCUCAGAGGUGGUUCUUGACACCGCUGAGUGUGCCAUGCAUCUCCUCCAUUCCACAGGGAAAGGCUCCAACUAUGUACUGCUCCAGAAAGACUCGGGGUUGUAUGGCCUGGCCCUGUGGAGGAUUGCAGCCCAGGCUAAGGCAGGCAUGGAAAAAGGCCUCAAGAAGGACAAGCACUGGGAGCGCAAAGCCAAUGACUCCUCUGGCCUUGUAUCAAUCUAUGAGUCUGGGUCAUUGAGCGUGUUGAGGACAGGAAAGGCAGAGGGUCUCUCCAACCUGCUACUGGUCACUGGGGGUAGUGUGGUGCUGAUAGAUGGCGACAGUCUGAACUUACUGUGGAGAGUCAACACCAGCACAGUCCUCAGCGAGCCUUCUUUUGGCCACUUCAACAAAGAUGGCACACUCGACAUAGUGAUCGAGGAGGACAUUGGCAACCGCAUUAAAAGGGUGGUGAUCCUGGACGGAAACACAGGAGGUACAGUGUGGGAGGUCAACCUACUGGCCAGCCCCAACUCACCCAAGCCAGCCUCAGUCAACACCAUCAACUCCUUCUCUGUGUUCAUGUUCUGGGGGCUGAUGCCCUCCGAGGCCAACACUACAAGGGAUUUGAGUGAGGAGCGGCGCUCCUACAUGCUGUAUCCCCACUACUCCACAGUUCUCCUGGAGAAGAGCAACGUCAUGGACCACAUCAUCGCAUUUAAAGCCACCCUGUUGGAGCGGGGGCGCCACGCCUGCUACAUCAUGUUGACGGGGCCCGAGGGGGAGGGGACCGAGGGGACGGUGGACCUUAGCAAGCGCAAACUGAAACAGGACGUCACCGACAGCCGGGUCCUCCGCCUGGGCUCCAUAAGCAGCAAAGACACUAACGAGGAAAUCAAAGAGGCCUUCCAGAGACUGCGUUUCAGCGAUGAGUGACAGGACACUGUUACCAUGACAACAUUGCUGCUGAUAUCGAAACUGUGUUACAAUAGAUAUGACAACCGUUACUGCUGACAAUCAACCAACUGUGUAGCUAUGGUUACCUUAAAGCUGACUACUAAACCUUCUUCUGCUGA